AUGGAGAAUCUACUGAAGCCAGACUUUUUCAACGCAUCCAAUGACAUGAUUAAAACCAUGAUGUCCGCUGUGAUCUCAGCUACUCUUCCCAAAACCACCAACACUAAACUAACUAAACCAGUCAACUUCACCCUCAGACACAUCAGAAGCGACUCACUGAUGGAGCUGUUGAAUUUGGUGUGUGUGAUCGUGCUGGUGUUCUUCAGUUUGGCCCUGUUGACCUUUGCCCUUUCGGUUCCUGAGCCUCAUAAGGCCUCUGCAGGUGUUUUGUGUGCCGUGAUCUCAGGACUUCUACACUUCCUCUUUCUCUCCGGCUUUGUGUGGAUGUUCAUUGAAGCUGUGCUGCUCUUCAUCUGUGUGAAGAACCUAUCACAGAUAAGCUCCAAAAAGAGGGAGGUGCUUAGCAGUGGAUUCCUGUGUGUGAUUGGAUAUCUGGUUGCUCUGGUUGUGGUGUGUGUGUCUGUCGGUCUGGUUCCUGAAGGCUACGGCAGCGAAGAUUGCUGGCUUAAACAGGAUAAAGGUUUUAUCUGGAGUUUUCUGGGUCCUGUUUGUGUCAUACUAGCAUUAAACACAAUUCUCUUCAUCAAGAUUGUCAUCACUCUGAACUCAACUCUCAAAAAACUGAAUGCUGAAGUUUCACAGAUGAAACAAACCAAGAUCAUGGUGUUUAAAACACUGGCUCAGUGUGUGGUUCUUGGUUGCUCCUGGAUUCUGGGUUUCUUCACUAAUGGUAGUAAGGUGCUGGAGAUCCUCUUCCUGAUCUUGAACUCCCAGCAGGGAACCUUCAUCUUCCUGAUCUACUGUGUCUUCAAUAAUGAGGUAAGGCAGCAGUACAGGAAGUUCUUCAGAUGUCUUUGCUGUGGACGCAAACAACACUGAGGACUACAGCAUCAGGUUCAUAUACUGCUCAAGUGCCAUUAUUAUGCAUGUGAUG